GCUAUAUACUUUCUUUUGCAUUUGACGUAAAAAUGGCAAAUCGUGGUGGUAAUCGUGCUCGUCAAGAAGAAGUGGAUAAUACCAUUAAUUAUGUACAAUGUGACGGCUUGGCUGUGAUGAAAAUGGUCAAACAUUGCCAUGAAGAGUCAAGCAAUAUGGAUCUGGCGCAGGGCGCUUUGCUUGGUUUGAUCGUUGACAAGUGUUUGGAGAUCACCAAUUGCUUCCCCUUCCCAAAAAGCGGCGAUGAGACAAUGGACGAGGAAAUGUAUCAGUUAACCAUGAUGCGGCGUUUACGUCGUGUCAACGUUGAUCAUUUCCAUGUUGGCUGGUAUCAAAGCUCAGAUGUGGGCAAUUUCUUAUCAAUGGCCUUGCUCGAAUCACAGUACCACUACCAGACAAGCAUUGAAGAGUCGGUUGUCGUCAUCUACGACACGCAAAAGUCGGGACGUGGUUUUCUCUGUCUGAAAGCUUAUCGGUUAACCCCACAGGCCAUACAAAUGUAUAAAGAUGGUGAUUUUACACCUGAAGCGCUGCGCAAUUUGAAGGUAGGCUACGAAAGCCUUUUCGUUGAAAUACCAAUCGUUAUCAAGAAUUCUCCACUCACCAAUAUAAUGAUGAGUGAAUUGGGUGAAAUGUUGCCAGAAGAGCAAGGCCAAAACUUUUUGGAUUUGGGUACAGCUUCGGUGUUGGAAAAUCACAUGCGUUGUCUAAUCGAACGUGUUGAUGAGCUAUACCAAGAAUCGAUACGAUACAACAAAUAUCAACAAGUAGUGUUCAAACAAGAGACGGAGAAGCAUCGUGCUUUGGCUAAGCAAGCUGCGGAGAAUGUUUUGCGUAGUGCUAAGGGUGAGUCGCCCAUUCCAGAAGAGGAGGUACUGAAGCAGUUCCGCCCUUUGCCUGUGCCGCCUAGACUCAACGCAACCAUUACCUCGGGACAAAUAAAUACGUAUUCACAGCAUAUAUCACAAUUUUGUUCGCAAUCAUUGGCCAAACUUUUUAUCACACAAUCUUUACAAAACGCCAAGGAGGCAAAGGAUGCUAAAUAGAUGCAGAUACUUCUUGAACUAAAAUAACCAUUGGCUAUUGUAUAAGCGAAAACGCAUUUGGCAAAUAAGUAGUAAGCAGCAGAAAAUUAGUAAACUUGAUAAAAUUAAUAUAGAGUUUGCGAAAAUAUACUUUAAACAUAGAACAAAGGCCGA